AUGAACGGCCAUCUCGACGAUGACGAUUCAGCAGAGCUUGAAAAUAAAGGCAGGCCAAAAUCGGCGAAGCUUGAGACCUACAUCAGCAACAUUCACUAUCGUCACUCAACGGACAUCAAUCGACAAAUCUUUAGUCAUGGCACGACGCAAAGUCCUCCAAUCCUCAGAAGCGAUCGCUGCAAUCGUAUCAUACUAUUUUGCGGCUCAUUCAAUCCUCCCCACAUCGGACACCAGCAAUUACUUACACAUACUUUCUGGAAUAGUGGAGCCGACUUAAACAUCAUAGCGGCAAUAAUCUUCCCUUUGGACGACGAGCGCCUGGAAGACAAAUUCAAACGCAAGAAAGACACAAAAAUCUUCCCGAAGGCCGAACGUGUACGACUGUGGAACGAGAACAAUCCUAGCCAUUGGUUCUGGGUGUAUGACCGUUUUUUGGAUGACUGGGACGAAUUCGAACGAUUGUUGAUCGAGGACACUCUCAUCGAUGGGUACGACGUCAAAUUCACGUUUCUAUGUGGAGCGGAGUUCGUCGAUACGCCAGCUCUGCCUGAGCGACCGUGGGAUUGCGAGGAGAUCAUCGUCAGCGACGUAAAUAGAUCUGGUAAUUUUUACGGACAAGGCUUCAUAACACCGAGAACCAUCGAAGACUAUCAUCCUUGGGAAAUGAUUCCCUUUUUACCAAAGCCGAAGGCUGGAGGAGGCGUCAUUAAAUUACCUGGCGUUUCCGUAUUGUCGAAAUCAAGCUCAUCACAAUCCUACCUCAAAGAAAAUCAACCUGCUCCUAGCAGUCCGUCUAUUCUGGAGAACCAAACCCACCAAACCCACCAAACCCACCAAAACCUAGAAGGCAGCCAAAUAGGCGGCAAGCUUUUCUCAAAAGACUCACAUCGAAACUCAACCGUCUGGGAGUGCCGGCUCAAAAGCGAACCUCUGUGCAGCAUCCGAUUCGUGCCGGGCAAUACUUCCCAGCGCGGGAUUAGCUCGACACUCAUCCGUGAAUAUAUCAAGAAUUUCUCGGGUGGAGAGCUUUAUGAGAAGAUUAAGGAUCUGGCUUUGAACCCGGAGAUACUGGUUGAGUUAUUGGAUUGGUGA